AUGAUCAUGUUUCCCUCCCCAGCGAUCCUUUUUGUCUUUGUCUCUCUAGCAUCCGCUCACAGCCGAGUGACAAAUUUCGUAAUCGACGGUGCAUCCUACCAAGGCUUCAACACACGAUCCUCGAACCCCGACAUCCUCGCGGCAUGGAGCACGACAGUCAAGAAUGACGGUUGGAUCAGCACCGAGAGCUACGGUAAAUCUGACAUCGUUUGCCAUAUCAAUGCGACCAACGCUCAGGGCCAUGCACCCAUUGCUGCUGGUGACACCAUUGACUUUCAAUGGCAAGGUUGGCCCGAGUCACAUCACGGUCCCGUCAUCACGUACCUUGCUUUCUGCGGCAUUGACAGAGGGUCUUGCGAGUCUAUCGACAAGACAAAGUUGAGCUUUUUUGCGAUUGACAAGGUCGGACUGGUUGAUCCGAAUGCCAAUGCCACGAGUUUUGCGACGGCGUGGGGAAUCUGGGCGAGCGACAUCCUCAUCAGCAAUAAUGCGACCUGGGCGGUGCAGAUUCCGCCGAAGAUCCAACCUGGUUACUAUGUGCUUCGACAUGAGAUCAUUGCACUCCAUUUUGCUAGGUAUCCAGGGCAGGGCGCGCAGCACUAUCCCCAGUGUAUCAACAUUGAAGUUACUGGCGGCGGGAGCGAGGAACCCGCUGGGACGUCGGCCGUGGAUUUGUAUCAAGCGGCGGAGGAUGGGUUGAUCUAUGACAUCUCCCAAUCGCCCACUGGAACGUACAAGAUCCCGGGGCCGACGAUGUACACUGGCGCAACGGCUUUCGUCUCUCAGACUGGGGUGCUGCUCGUUCUUCUGUCGUUCUGGGUAGAAAUGGGGCUGGUGGAGACGCGCAGGCUGGAUGCUGUCGCUGACGCUGCGCCGGUGCGGUACCCCCCGGUUUCGGGCGCAUUUGCCGGAGACAAGGUCCGGGGCCAACGCCUUUGCCUAUCGCUCUUCACUCUCCUACUUCAACCCAAUUGCGUCUGCCAUUUGCAAUUCACUGAGACCCAUUGGCUCCCUCGAACAAGUUAUCUCGUUACUCUUGUCUUGAAUCUCGUAACAGCAGUCAUUCUCACCAUGAUUGCCCGCCUGAGGCCAGUAAUCAUGCCCAUUCCCCGCCGGGUGAGGUCACUCUUAACCGCGCGGGGUUCCUUAUCUGGACUCAAGAUCAACACCGACCGCCUUCAAGAGUCAAUUCAUCAUACAUGCCAAUGGGGUGCAGCGCAUCGAUAUGGAAAGGGUGCGACAGAGACAGGCAUGGCCAGACUGGCGCUGUCCGACGACGAUGCUCGCGUGAGAAAAUGGUUCUCCGAUGAGGUAGCAAACCUUGACUGUGAACUUGCAAUCGAUGAGAUGGGAAACAUGUUUGCGAAACGUCAAGGAGCGCUCAAAUCUUCCGCUCCGAUGACAGCCAUGGGGAGCCAUCUUGAUACCCAACCCCGCGGUGGCAGAUACGACGGCAUUCUGGGCGUUCUAGCCGCCGUAGAGGUGAUGAGAACACUAAAAGACAACAACUUCAAGACGCAAUUCGAUGUUGGCAUUGUCAAUUGGACCAACGAAGAAGGCGCCCGUUUCCCGAGAUCAAUGAUGUCCUCCGGCGUCUGGGCAGGUGAAAUCCCUCGGGAAAAGGCCUGGGACUUGGGCGAUAUCUUCGACCCUUCUGUGACCGUCAAGUCUGAGCUGGAGCGACACGGCUACAUCGGUCCGCUCGCCUGUUCAAGCGACGCAUCAACUGGUUACCCUCUGGGCGCGCACUUUGAGUUGCACAUCGAGCAGGGCCCCAUCCUCGAGGAGACCGGCAGGAAGAUCGGCGUCGUGCAGGGCGCGCAGGCGUAUCGCUGGUUCACCUUCACUAUCACGGGCCGCGACGCACACACGGGCACCACGCCGUUGAAGUCCCGCAGAGACCCGUUGCUCGCAGCGUCCAAGAUGAUUGCUUCCUCCAACGCCAUCGCAAAGGAGCUCGGGGCGCUGGCGUCGACAGGUGUUCUCAAGAUCCCACCCAGCUCGUCGACCAACACCAUCGUCUCGGAGGUUACCUUCACCCUUGAUAUUCGCCACCCCGAAAACGCAGUUGUCGAAGAGGCGCAGAGGCGUUGCAUCGAGUCGUUUGAGAAGAUCGCUGGGGAGGAUGGCCGCGGGGUCGAGGUGCAGUGGACGCUCGAUACCGAUUCGCCCGCGGUCAAGUUUGACAAGGAGUGCAUCCAAGCCGUGGAGAAUGCAGCGAUUGGUCUUUUUGGGCCGGACGGCUGGCUGCCGUUGACCAGCGGCGCGGGGCAUGACAGCGUUUACACGAGCAAGCGGUGCCCGACGACAAUGAUUUUCGUCCCUUGCAAGGACGGUGUGAGCCAUCACCCCGAGGAAUAUUGCAGUCCGGAAGAUUGUGCGAAUGGCACUCAAGCCCUGCUUGAAGCCGUUGUAAGCUACGACCAUCUGAGAGCUAGCAGAAAGUGA